AUGGCGUUUACUAAUGUUGCAGUUGUUUUAUUAGUAUUGAAAACUGCUUAUUCGUCUGGAUAUGAAAACUUAGCUCUGAGGAAACUAACAUGGCAAUCAAAUACAUACAAUCCAAAGGACGGACGAUUCAACUCACGUAAAGCUGUAGAUGGUCUCAAAGAUAAUCUCAGUGCAUGGGGAGGUCAGUGUGCUGUAUCAGGCGAUGGACACAACACCGCCACCUGGUGGGUAAACUUGACGUCUAUUCAAAGUAUACAAAGCAUACGGAUAUACUACAGAACAGACAAUGCUGCGUGGGAUACGUCAAAUGGCUUAACUGCGAGAUUUUUAGGAUUUUAUGUUUACAUUUCUAAUACAACAAACAAACUUGAUGGCUAUUUAUGCUUUCAUGACACAAGCUACAACAGGGCAACUAUACCGUCGAUUGCCAACAUAACUUGUCCUGUUCACGGUCAAUAUGUCAUCUACUACAAUGUCAGACCACAGGAUGCAGCACGUGCUACUGAAUUAAGCCAGUAUGCAUUCACCGAACUAUGUGAGGUGGAAGUUUACGGUUGUAAGUAUACAGGAUACUAUGGACCAGAUUGUUCCCUCCCUUGUCGUGAUACCAACUGUCGUUAUUGUCACAUAGAAACAGGUGCUUGUCAGGGAUGUAAACCUGGAUAUCAGGGUCAUCAGUGUGAACUGCCUUGUAGCCGUUCGUCCUAUGGAGAAAUCUGCUCUACGAAAUGUGGUAACUGUAGUGAGGGCAGAAUAUGUCAUCAUGUCAACGGAAGCUGUACAAACGGAUGUGACGUCGGAGUUUAUGGGGACAAAUGCAAAACACCAUGCCCCGUCGGUUGGCAUGGCCAUAACUGUUCUCAGAUGUGUAACUGUGAUAAAUGUGACAGAUUUUCUGGACAAUGUGCAUCUCCCUGCUACCCAGGAUGGGAGGGACUCGUUUGCAAAGAUGAAUGCAGUAGUGGUGGAUAUGGUCAGGCUUGUGGACAGAGAUGUGGAGCUUGUCUUGGAUAUAAACAAUGUCACCACAUCAAUGGGUCUUGUCUUGAUGGUUGUGAUGCGGGAUUUGAAGGGGAUGUUUGCAAAACCGGUUGUUCACCUGGAAAAUUUGGUAUCAACUGUGAGCAGCAUUGUAAUGAAAAAUGUGGUGAACCAUAUCAAUGUAACAGAGCGACAGGAGAAUGUGAGGGUGGAUGUCAACCAGGCUGGGAGGGACUUCAGUGUGAACAAGUUUGUAAGCAAAAUAGGUAUGGUAAAAACUGCUUUCAAUCAUGCGGAUUUUGUCAGGACUCAAACUGCCACCAUGUGAAUGGCUCUUGUCCAGGAACAUGUUCGGAUGGAUAUCAAGGAACUUUAUGCAAUGAAAUAUGUAAGACAGGAUUUUAUGGCGAAAAUUGCAAGAGAGAGUGCAGUCUUUUCUGCAAGACAUCACGUGACUGCAACCACGUGACUGGACAUUGUAAUGACGGAUGUAUCGGCGGAUGGCAAGGUGCUAUGUGUUUGCAAGUUGCAGAGAAAAAGGAUGGUGCUGAUUGUCAAUCAAGAUUCUAUGGUGUUCUUGCCGUUCUCUGUGUUUGUCUGAUAAUAAUCGUCAUUUUGAUUGCUUAUAUAUGUUUCUAUAGAUGGAGUAUGGAAGGAAAACUAAAGCAACUGAGGUAUAAGGAAGAUAAAAAGACUAAGGUUGCAGCAUUAAACAUGGACAUUAUCUCUAGUAAGGUUGACGAAGACGAAAAGAACGGAUAUCAGGAGCUGGGGGAACUGGCGUUAUCAUCAGAUUACGAUCGUAUCAAUGGAAAAUCGGCUGACAUGGAGCUAGUUAGUUUCUUGACAGUUUGUGUGAUAUUGACAACUUAUUACUCUCUUGGCUAUGAAAAUAUAGCCUUAAAGAAACAAACAUGGCAAUCUAAGCAGUACAACCCGUUGAACGCCCUAUUUAAGUCUGACAAAGCAGUAGAUGGGCUAAAGACUGACCUAUCAGCUUGGGGAGGACAAUGUACAAUAUCAGCUGAAGGUCAAAGUACUGCCAUCUGGUGGGUAAACCUGACAUCAAUCUCCAGCAUUCAUGACAUACGAAUUUAUUAUAGAACGGACAAUGAAGCUUGGGAUGCUUCGAAUGGAUACACAAAGAGAUUUUUAGGAUUUUAUGUCUACAUAUCUAAUACAACAAACACAACUGAUGGAUAUUUAUGUUUUCAUGAUGAAACGUACACCAGAGCAACCAUCCCGUCAGUUGCAGAUAUAACUUGUCCUAUACACGGUCAAUACGUCAUCUACUCCAAUGUCAGACCACAGGAUACAGCACGUGCUGCUCAAUUCAGCCGUGAAGCACAUAACGAAUUGUGUGAAGUUGAAGUAAACGGUUGUAGCAAAACAGGAGUGUAUGGAUCAGACUGUUCUAUCCCCUGUCCAGAUACAAACUGUCGUUAUUGUCACAUAGAGACAGGUGCUUGUCAGGGGUGUAAACCUGGGUAUCAAGGACAUCAGUGUGAAUUACCUUGUAGCUCACAGUUUUAUGGUGAAAUUUGCUCUCUGAAAUGCGGUAACUGUAGUAACGGAGUGACUUGUAACCAUGUGAACGGAAGUUGUCCAAACGGAUGUGACGACGGGGUUUAUGGAGAUAAAUGUCAAACACCAUGCCCAGUUGGUUGGCAUGGAAAUAACUGUUCUGAGAAGUGUAGAAAUUGUGAUGAAUGUGACAGAUUCACGGGACAAUGUAUAUCUCCCUGUAAACCUGGAUGGGAGGGAGCAUUUUGUACUGACGUUUGUAGUGCUCAGUUUUACGGAGUUAACUGCUCAGGGAAUUGCGGUAACUGUACUAACGGAGUGACUUGUAACCAUGUCAACGGAAGCUGUACAGACGGAUGUGACGUCGGGGUUUAUGGAGACAAAUGUCAAACACCAUGUCCAGUUGGUUGGCAUGGAAAUAACUGUUCUGAGAAGUGUAGAAAUUGUGAUGAAUGUGACAGAUUCACGGGACAAUGUAUAUCUCCCUGUAAACCUGGAUGGAAAGGACUCUUUUGCAAAAAUGCGUGUGACGAUGGAAGAUAUGGACAGGAUUGUGGACAGAAAUGUGGAGCUUGUCUGGAAUAUAAACAAUGUCAUCACAUCAAUGGAUCCUGUCUUGAUGGGUGUGAUGCAGGAUUUGAAGGAGAUAAUUGCACAACUGGUUGUUCAAAUGGAAAAUUCGGCAUUAAUUGUAAAGAAAAUUGUCAUGACAAAUGUGGUGUUCCGUAUGAAUGCAACGGAACAACAGGAGAGUGUGGGGGUGGAUGUCAACCAGGCUGGAAGGGACUUCAAUGUAAAAACGAGUGCAGAGAGAGCACGUAUGGUCCUGACUGCAGAUUAUCAUGUGGUCAUUGUCUGAACACAACGUGUAAUCAUAUUAACGGAACAUGCCCAUAUGGAUGUAGCAAUGGAUAUAUAGAUCUUAACUGCACAACAAAAUGUAGUCCGGGGAAAUAUGGUUUUCAGUGUAUGGACAUAUGCAGGGAAACUUGUAUAGAUAACAUUUGUGACCCAGUUAAUGGUUACUGUGAUGAAGCAAAUGAUACUUUACCUGGUGGUAGAAAUGAUGACAAUAUGGGGUUGAUCGUUGGCGGGAUUGCAGGAUUGGUCAUGGCUAUUUUAGUUGCAGUGAUAGUGGUUGUCGUUUUUAAAAGAGGCAGUGUACGAAAAACAAAAAGAAAAGCUCAUAAGAAAAUGCUAGGGUUGGAUUUCGGUAGCAUUGAUUCAAAACCAGUAUCUCCCCUCAGCCGUGAAAAUACAUAUCUAGAAACAGAUGAUGAAAAACGAUCGAAACAACAGAAGAAGAGUGAUGAUCCUGGAAUGGAAGUAGAUGACGAUGAGAAAAUGCACUCAGAGAAUCCAUAUGGGGAUUUUUAUGCAAAUGAAUCAAUGAUUCGUGAGAUACCCUUAAAUCAGCUUGAAUCCGUCAUUGCUGAAAAUAGAAAAAAUGGAGAUGACGGUUUUAAAAAAGAAUAUGCAACAUUACCAUAUGGGGAAAGAUACAAGUGUGAUGCUGGAAAGACUGAAGAAAAUAUGAUUAAAAAUAGAUUUAGGACAACUUUUCCCUAUGAUCAUUCAAGGGUCAAAAUAAACUCAGAGUCAGGAUCAGAUUAUAUAAAUGCCAAUUAUAUAGAGGGUGCUGAAAAGGAUAAGGAAUACAUCGCUACACAAGGACCGAGACAGAACACUGUUCUUGAUUUUUGGACAAUGAUUUGGCAGGAGCACGUACAAGACAUCGUUAUAUUAACCAAUUUGAAGGAAGGGACGAAAACAAAAUGUGCCCAGUAUUGGCCGGAGCCAAAUAAACACAUCAGUGACGGAUAUCUGUCUGUUAAGAUGGUGGAAGAAAAUCAAUACGCAUUCUACAUUAUUCGAAAAUUUACAAUAUUUCAUAAAGAGACGAAGAGCAAACGUCACGUGACACAAUACCAUUACACAGCAUGGCCAGAUCACGGAACCCCGGAUCCUCUUUGUCUUGUUAUAUUCCUUGAACAUGUUAAUAGGACAGGGUCCAAACAGAAACACUCUCCAACAGUUGUGCAUUGCAGCGCGGGAAUUGGAAGGACCGGGACAUACAUAGCAAUAGACGUUCUAAACAAAAAAGCAAGAAAGACAGGGAAAGUCAACGUAGCAGAAUAUGUCAAGAAGAUGAGAGAAAACAGGAUGAAUAUGGUCCAAACAUAUGAACAGUAUAUGACCAUUUUUCUUGCUCUAAACGAAAUAUUCAAAUCCCAAGUCAAAUGCAUCACUGUCAAUGAAUUCACUAAAAAGGCUGAAACUUUGACCUCUGACAAAGUUGCUAAUCAGAGUGCACUUCAAAAGGAGUUUCAGCGUUUGAUGAAUAUUCGACCCAAAUACGAAGACGCAGACUUUAAGAUAGCCAAAGAAAGCUGUGGUGACCUUUAUUUCAACGGUAUAUUGCCAUUGGAUAAAUAUAGCGUGCAUCUUUCGUCUGUUGUACCUAAUAGAGGAAACUUCAUCAAUGCAAUCAUCGCGCCAUCACAUACCAAUGAUAUAGCGUUUAUUGUGACGCAGUAUCCAGCUGAGGAGGAUGCUGUUGAUUUCCUGCGCUUGCUCAGUGAUCAUGAAUCUGACACAAUCGUUUGUAUGGAUCCUCUGAACAAGAUUGGCUCGAGUAAGGCGUGGUUUCCCUGCCUUACACCCUCCUCAAAAACAGUCAAUCCUUUCAAUGUUCAAUUUCAAUCAAAAUCCGAAAUUGACGUCAACACCACUAUUGUUCAUAUUCUCCAAAAAAAUAGAGAAAAGAAGGCUCAACCCGUGACUAUAAUAGAACCGAAGGUCGGCAUUAAAACAUCUGGAACCCCUCUAGACACAUCUCAACUUCGGAGUCUUGUUUCUGCCACACUGCGCACUGAGACAGAAAAUCCUAUCACAAUUGUCAGCAGUGACGGUGCAGUCCUAUGUGGUGUUUUCUGUGCCGUUCAUAACGCGAUUCAACAAAUAAAGAUGAACAACAGCGUGGACGUCUUCACAACUGUCAGACAAUUACAAGUUAGAAGACCAGAGUUCUGUUCAAAUAUUGAGGAAUACCGCUUUGUGAUAAAAGCUGUAUGUGAUCACAUCCAAAAUUCAAGUGAAAGUAUUUACUGCAAUCAAUGAAAAAGAUUAAUCAGAAAGUGCAGUUACAUGUAGCAAACUUUUUUUGUUUAGAAUGUAAUAAUAAUAUCAACACAAACAGCUUUUUCAUGUGCAGAGUUGGAGUGAACGUUACAUUUUGUUGCAGCAGUGUUUUCAUAACACGUUUACAGCUGAAGAUAUCUACAGACUUAUGAAAGCUUCUAAUUACACAAUACGAAUAGUAGUUCUUGCAUACUUGUUUAUUUGUUUUGUUGACAAUA